UUGGCGAGGCGCGGGCGGCGCGGGCGGGGAGGGGAUGCGCUCGGAGCCUCGGACAGAUAAGCUUCCUAUAGGCUCUAUAGCUUAUGCCUCCUAAGCAGCGCUGAUAAGGCACAAGUAGUUUGCUCUAGACAACCCUCCGCGCCUCUCUCGAGGCUCCGUCCAAUGUCUGGCCAGAGAGCGGAUUCCUGCCAACUUGGCGAUGUAGGAACGCUCCAUCCCGGUGCUAUUUCACACAGAGACUGUUCUUUUCUUCCUCGGGUGCUUACGAAGGGGAGGCGGGGGCGGGUGAUGGUGGUGCUUGGUGGUGGCUAAAUCCAGUCCUUCAGUCCUGACCUUCCUCGUUCAGACUGAGGUAGGAGGAGGAGGAGGAAGAGGAGGAGGUGUGGGGGGUGGAUGGGGGGAGCGUGUGGGGCGGUGGGUAGUUGGGUGGUAGUGGGUAAAGAGGGCUUAGGAUCCGAACGGGCUUCCUUUUUGUGAAACUCGCCCACGGGCGGGGCGGGGGAAGGAAUAAAGCUCCCCCCCCCCCCAGCGCGCCUCUCCCAAUCCUCCUUUCUCCAUAUUGGAACCUCUUUAGAGCCCCAUCUCCAGCCUUAGGGUUCGAUUCGCACCCCUCCCGAACAAUAAAUCCAUAAACCGAUUGAUUCGGGGGAGGGGAGAAGGCAGGACUUUCCCUUUCAACCGUUGCAUUUUUAAUUUUUUUAAGGCUUAUGAUAUAUACAAAUAUAUAUAUAUAUUUUAAAAAAUAAAGGCUGAGUGGGCAGGUGGUUCGGGUGGGAAAGCCUGAGAAGUAAAGGAGGGGGGGAAACUUAAAAGGUGUUUACCUUGUCAUCAGCAUGUACGCUAAUUAUCUCGGGCAAGAUGUGGGGUUCUAUUGUCUUGUUGCUUUAGUGCCUAUGCCCCGCCUCUGGUGGCAGCCUAAAACCUGGCGUCUGGCUAAAACAAACGAAAGGCAGCUCUGAGCCUCCACUCAAUCCAAUUAAGGCGGACUUGGUCCACUCGGUUACGUGUUCAUCCAACAAGAUCGGCGUGGAGGCAACACACCAGAAUAUUUGGCAAAAAAAAAAAAAAAAAAAAAAAGGGAGAGAGAGUGAGUGAGAGAGAGAGUGUGUGAGAGAGAGUUUUGCCUCCCCUUUCCCUUUUUUUCCCUCCUCUCCCCCCAGCCGCCGAAUCAUGUCGAUGAGCCCAAAGCAUACGACUCCUUUCUCAGUGUCUGACAUCUUGAGCCCCUUGGAGGAAAGCUACAAGAAAGUGGCCAUGGAGGGGAGUAACUUGGGCGCUCCUCUGGCAGCUUACAGGCAGUCGCAGGUGGCGCAGCCGGCCAUGCAGCAGCACCCCAUGGGCCACAACGGGACGGUCACCGCUGCCUACCACAUGACAGCCGCCGGGGUCCCUCAGCUCUCGCACACCGCCAUGGGGGGCUACUGCAAUGGCAACAUGGGAGACCUUCCACCUUACCAGGACACCAUGAGGAACAGCGCUUCCGCCACCGGCUGGUACGGGGCGAAUCCGGACCCCCGCUUCUCCACAAGUAAGUGCUCCGAGCUUUCCCCCCUUCUCCUUCUCUCUCCACCUUUCCCCGUGGCGCGGUCCCAGGCAGACGGGGGAGUGUGGGGCAGCAGUUGGAGCGGGGAUGCGCGCGAGGGGGAGCAUUUGGCAUGAAGCUGGUCUGGAUGUUGCUCCCCCCGCCCACUCCCCCAAUUUUUGUGUAUUAAUAAUAACAACAACAAAAAUUGCGACCGGUUUCUGACCUUGUCCUGGACUCCUGGGCUCUGGUCUGCUCCUGGCUUUGGCUGGAGGGAGUCAGGGGCAUCUCUUGCGCCUUAUGAUUAAUCUCAGCGGCUAAGCGCAUUCACAAAGAGAGGAGAAGCGUUUUAUUGGACAAAUGUGGGUGGCUGAGACCAGGAAGGGACUUACGAAUAAAGAAUAAUGCGCGCCCAGAAGAAAAGAAAACGUGUGGGGGAGCGCGCUUGGAUAUAGGAAAUAAUAAAAUGUUUGGACGCCAAACAAAUUGUUCAAAUAAAACCCUAAGGCGAGAGUCCGUGAAGACGAUGAGGUUCCAGUGGCCCUUUAAAGUGUAAAUAAAAAUUGAACAGGUGCGAAAUGAAUUGGAUCUGCUUUAGAACUACGAAGGCAGGCUCUGGACUACGUCUAAGGGAAUUAAUAAACGGAGAGAAAUAGAUAACCUAUAAAGGAUAUGAAAAGGGAGGGGAAGUAACGUUUAUUAUUUUUUGACAGGCUAUUAUUUAUUUUUUUGACAAAUUACAAGGCGUAAACAGCGUUGCAAAAGUGGAGUAUAUGGUUCUUAGAUUAUCCUUUCUUAAUGUAUGCAGGAAUAUAUGUGUGAGGUAGUUAGACAGAUAGAUAGACAGAUACCUAUGAAAACGCUGGAGUGUACACCCCAGCAAAAUGUCCCUUUUUCUAAAUUUGAAUUCUCCUCGCUGGCCGUUUCUAGUCACUUCUCCACGAGAAUAUUUUUUUGUUCUUGUUUUAGGCCGGGGGGGGUUUACAGGGUGGAGGUCGUACUCUACAAAGCCACCAGAUACCUUAUCCGUUUCAAAUCCGAUUUAGAAACGGAUUUCUGCCGAUUUUUCAGCAUCUUGCGCGUUGACAUUUUCACCGGUAUCGAUGUAAACUGGUAUUAGUGUUGUGGGGAUUUGACCAGAUAUUAUUGUUUAGUAUUUAUUAUUGUUGUUAUUAUUAUUAUCAUCAUGUCUAGGGACAUGUCAACCAUGGCCUUUUCCCCCCUUUGUGGAUCUGGAUCCCGAUAACCGGCUUCGGCCUCCCGGCGCGCGGGCCGAGCCCGCUACCCGCGGGUCUGCCGAAGUCUCUCCUCCUGGGCUUUGCGCUUGGUUCCGCUGAUUAACGCUCCUUUCCCCGCUGUUUCUCCCUCCCUCCUUCCCUCCCUCCCACAGUCUCCCGCUUCAUGGGCCCAUCGUCGGGGAUGAACAUGGGUGGCAUGGGCAGCCUGAGCUCUCUGGGCGACGUGAGCAAGAGCAUGGCCCCGCUGCAGAGCACGCCCCGUCGGAAGCGCCGCGUGCUCUUCUCGCAGGCGCAGGUGUACGAGCUGGAGAGGCGCUUCAAGCAGCAGAAGUACCUGUCGGCGCCCGAGCGGGAGCACCUGGCCAGCAUGAUCCACCUGACGCCCACGCAGGUCAAGAUCUGGUUCCAGAACCACCGCUACAAGAUGAAGCGGCAGGCCAAGGACAAGGCGGCGCAGCAGCAGAUGCAGCAGGACGGCGCCUCUUGCCAGCAGCAGCAGCAGCAACAGCAGCACUCGCCCCGACGGGUGGCCGUCCCGGUCCUGGUCAAGGACGGCAAGCCCUGUCAGGCGGGCUCCAACACGCCCACGGCAGCGGCGGCGCUCCAGGGCCACCACCAGCAGCAGGCUGCCGCCACCGCCAUCACCGUGGCCUCCAACGGCGCCAGCCUGGGACAGCACCAGAGCCACCAAGCCAGCAGCGCCGGCCAGUCGCCAGACUUGGGCCAGCACGCGGGAAGCAGCCCCUCGUCCCUCCAGAGCCAGGUGUCGGCUCUGUCCCACCUGAACUCGUCCAGCUCGGACUAUGGGACGGCCAUGUCUUGCUCCACCUUGCUAUAUGGGAGGACCUGGUGAAAGGGGCCGCCCCGACGGGGCCCACCACCUCGUCCUUGUCCGACGGGCUGACCCCUUCCUUUUCUUUUUCACACGCACACACACACGCACACAGAAACACACACAAAUACACGCACCCUCCUCCUCCUCCCUUCUUCCCCUUUUUUCUGCUUUUGUUUUGUUUUUGUUUUUAAAAAGAAAAUAUCAGAACUGUGGGGUGGGGUGUUGUGUCCUUGGGACAGACGAGAGGACCAGAAGCAGACUUCUUAAGUUGUGAAAUGGCUGCCGUGUUGCUGAAGGCCCCGGAGCGUUUUUCUGGAGGAGUUUGGUGGCCCCUGAGACCCACGAUGGACCGUGUGCCCGCAGCGUGAGGUGGAUCUCCAGUGGACGCUUGUAUGUACAGAUAAGAAAAACAAAAAAAACAAAACAAAAAAAACCUCGGGGCGAAGGGUGGGUGUUUUCUCCCCUCCCUCACCGCCCCAAAAAACUUUAGCGUCCCCCCCUCCUCCCCCACAAACACACACUCUUCAAAAACAAUGCACAGACGGAGAACCUUCGCUGGCCUUCAGCCCAGACGGUGGAUGGAAACGCGGGUGCUAUCACGGCUUAGCUUCCCCCUCCCCCUUAUGUUCGAUGUGAACCUGUAGCUGUAUAAUGCUGUCAAAAACGUUGGACUAAACCCAUAGUUUUUAGUAUCCUGACUAUUUUGUUGAUUAAAAGGAAUAUAUCAAGCAACGAUCUACCAAACAAAUCAAAACUUUAAAAAAAUAAAAUAAAAUAAAAUAAAAUAAAAUAGGAAAACCCACUUUUUUUAAAAAAAAUGGAAGUCCACAGAUCGGUGAAAUUAUUUGGCGCACGUUUAUCUUUCUUUCUCUCUCUCCGCCCCUUGUAACUUAUGUAGAUAUAUUUGGCUUUAAAUAUACUUCCUGAGGAGCUUCUAAUAAAUUAUAAAGAUCACUUAUCUUUCUUAUUGCCCUUUGCUAUUUCCCCAACCUUCCUAUCACCUCCAAAAAGAAAAAGAAAAAGAAAAAAAUGCAAUUCGGGAGCCGAAUUUGAGCAAUGUAAGCUUCCUUCCCAAGGCCCGUAGAAUUCAACGGGGAAAGCGGCCCAGGAAGGACGAUCGGGUCCACGUUUCGGGGAAACUGAUCAGCACAUACAGAUAUAGGAUCGAUUCGUAUGUUAUAUUCCCGAUUAACUAGAGAAUACGAGGACAGGGAGUCCUGCCCGAGAUAAGUAGCAAGGCACGGAGACAAGGAAAUCCAAGUGGCGUCAUUCGCAGAGGAAAGACAAUAUUUGCAGACCCACUAAUCGAAAUCCCAAAAGGGUGCUUUUAAGACGCUGUUAAUGCAGGGAAAGGAAGCUAACGAGGAGCGUACUAACAGGGUUGGGGGGUGGAUAUCAAGUCUUUGUAAAGAGCGUCCAGAUUUAUUAACUUGUAAAAACACCAUUUCUACAAAGGUUUCCUAUGUAAUUGUAUUUUAAGGAAAGUACAG